AUGAAAGUUGUCGUGAACACAUUUCAAUCCUCAGUCUAAGUAUCGCUUUUUAAGACUCAAUAGACUUUGAAUUGAAUUUCAAGCAUAGUUCGAAAAUAGAAUCACAAGAGAAGGUUUUAAACCAUGAAAUCGACUCUAAAGCCUGAGAAAAUGUUUUUUUAACCAUUUUGUCGGCUGUAUGUUACAGUGUGCCUUUAAAUAAGACACAAGUUUGUAAAUGAGGCGCUAAUUACCAAAAUAACAAUUUGUUGUUGCAGUCAACACAGGUUAUGGUAGACAUUGCAUUGUUCCAAAUCCUCAAUGUUCAUGAAAGGAGUAAAGUCAUUGAAGUAGCAACAUUCAUGCGAUUCUUUUGGAACGAUAGCCGUCUGCAGUGGAACCCAAAGGAUUAUGGGAACAUUACAAUACAACACUUUGCCAAUGAUGAGAUUUGGAUCCCAGAUAUAACAUUAUACAAUAGUGCGGACUAUAAUAAACAAACCUCACUAAAAUUUUACAGUGAAGGCAUACCGAAUAUUGUUGAACACACAGGAUAUGUUCGCUGGAAUUUUCCUGCUGUUCUCCGAGUAUCAUGUACAAUGUUUUUGAAAAUAUUUCCAUUUGAUACACAGAAAUGCAAUAUGAUCAUUGCACCAUGGGUAAGUGACGUCUCUGAAAUAUACAUAUAUACCAAACAAAGGAAAGGAGAUAUGAAACAUUUUCAACUAAAUGGUGAAUGGAAUAUUUUAGACUUUUAUACAUAUAACACUGAAAUGAACUACUCGAGUUCUCCAGGGACUGUUGUUUUGCCAUUUAGUGAAGUGGUAUCUACCAUAAUAAUACAGCGCAAACCAUUAUACUACAUUUUCAAUCUGAUCAUACCAUGUAUUUUCCUGCUACUAAUCAGCACUAUGGGUUUACUAAUGCCAAUAGCUUCUGGUUCCAGGGCACCAUUGUCAAUAAUGGUUUUAUUAUCCAUGGUUGUCCUAAACAUGAGCAUCUCAGCAUACAUACCAGUAGAUUCACACAACAUACCCCUGAUUAGCCAAUUCACAAUGUUCAUUAUGUUUGCUAUGGGCAUGAAUGUCAUCUUCACAGUUGGCAGCCUGAAUAUACAUUUCAAUGGCCACUAUGGAAAAAGGACUGCCUAUGUUGCUAGAGCACUUGGAAAGGUAUUUGGCAUUAUCAUUAAGAAACAUAGUGAUAUGGGUACCCUUGGUUUUGAUUUAACUGAAAACAAACAGGAUGGUUGUCAAAGCUGUCAACAUAUGGAACUGACUAAUAAAAUGUACAAGGAAAAACAUGAAAGAAAUAUGAAAAGAAUUAAAACUGAGCGUCAAAAAAGUGAAUGGAUGUUGGUUGCUAUGGUUAUGGACCGUUGUCUGGUAGUUUGUGUUCUACUUGUCACAUGCAUUGUGUUUACAUUGUUAUUCAAUCAAAUAACUGUUCAUAGUUAGUUUUGUCAUAAAAUAUUGUCAAUAUAUUGGAUGUCAGUCAAAUAAAAUAUCUGAAUAUAUAUCUUUGAGAAGAAA